GCAUAGAAUUCUACUGGGUCUGGGUCCAAAGAAACUCGCUACGUCCCCGGCCUGAAAUGAAACGCGGUCUGAUUUCCAUUGGCUGUAGUAUUCACGGAUUCACCAACCUCCUCCUCUCUCUCAUGAUUUGAUUUGUUAGGGCUAUUCAGUCGCAGCAAUUCCUUAGCGACAUUGGGGUUUGGAGGACUCUUAGUUCGAAUUAGCGCCACAAGCUUCUGAUCUCAAAUUUUAAAGGGAGGUUAUGGCGGGGAAAAAGGUUAUAGCAAUUUGUCAGUCUGGCGGUGAAUUCGAGACAGAUAUGGAUGGUACAAUGUCAUAUAUUGGUGGCGAAGCUCAUGCCAUAGACCUUGAUGAACUGUCGAAGUUUAAUGACUUCAAAAUGGAAGUGGCUGAAAUGUUCAACUGUAGUGUCAACAUAAUUUCAAUCAAGUACUUCCUCCCCGGCAACAAGAAGACUCUCAUUACCAUCUCCAGUGACAAAGACCUUAAGCGAAUGAUAAAAUUUCAUGGGGAUUCUGUCACAGCAGAUAUAUAUGUCAUGAUGGAAGAACUUGUUCUGCCCGAUGUUUCAAACAUGCCUGCCAGUAGGUCAAGCAGAACAACUUUGUCAGAAGCAGUUCCUCCAGUUGAUGUUCUGCUUGCUGUUGUGGAUGAUGUUGUGGAGGGCACCGCUCAUCCAGAUAUCUCUGUUAGUGCACCUUUUGAUGUUGUGGAUGAUACUAACCACGGGGUUGUUCAUAUUGACGAUGUGCAUAUUGAAAUACCAGCUGAACUUUCUCCCAUUCUUCCUCCUGUGGCAUCCAAUGAUGAUUAUAAGCAUGCUAAGGGUGCUCAGCAGUGGCAGAAUACUAUUACUGGUGUGGGCCAAAGAUUCAACAGUGUUCAUGAAUUUCGUGAAUCGUUGCGUAAAUAUGCUAUUGCCCAUCAGUUUGCCUUUAGGUAUAAGAAGAAUGAUAGUCACCGAGUAACUGUGAAGUGCAAAGCAGAAGGUUGUCCUUGGAGAAUCCAUGCAUCGAGGUUGUCAACUACUCAACUGAUUUGUAUCAAGAAGAUGAACGCAACUCAUACAUGUGAAGGGGCGAUUGUGACUACAGGGCAUCAGGCAACUAGGAGUUGGGUGGCCAGUAUAAUUAAGGAGAAGUUGAAAGUUUCCCCUAAUUACAAACCCAAGGACAUUGUCAAUGACAUCAAACAGGAAUAUGGAAUCCAACUCAACUACUUUCAGGCCUGGCGUGGGAAAGAAAUCGCGAAGGAGCAGCUUCAGGGUUCGUACACUGAAGCAUAUAAUCAGUUACCAUUUUUCUGUGAAAAGAUAAUGGAAACUAAUCCAGGUAGUCUGGCUACUUUCACUACCAAGGAAGACUCAAGUUUCCACCGAUUGUUUGUCUCAUUCCAUGCCUCUUUGUAUGGCUUCCUACAAGGCUGCCGACCUCUUCUUUUCCUUGACGGCAUUCCCUUAAAGUCAAAAUAUCAAGGCACGUUGUUAGCUGCAACAGCUGUAGAUGGUAAUGAUGGUGUAUUUCCUGUUGCUUUUGCUGUUGUUGAUGAAGAGACCGACAACAAUUGGAAUUGGUUCUUGCUGCAACUGAAAUCUGCUCUGCCCACGUCUUGUCCACUAACAUUUGUGGCUGACAGACAGAAGGGUUUAAGGGAAUCGAUUUCUCAGAUCUUCAAGGGUUCAUACCAUGCUUAUUGCCUACGGUACCUGACAGAACAACUUAUUGGAGACUUGAAGGGGCAAUUUUCUCAUGAGGUGAAGCGACUAAUGAUUGAGGAUUUUUAUGCUGCUGCUUAUGCCCCUAGACCUGAAAGCUUCCAGAGGAGCAUCGAGAACAUAAAAAAUAUUUCUCAUGAGGCCUACGAUUGGAUCUUACAAAGUGAGCCCCAGAAUUGGGCAAAUGCCUUUUUUGAAGGUGCGAGAUACAACCAUAUGACAUCAAACUUCGGGGAGCUGUUCUACAGCUGGGCAUCUGAUGCACAUGAAUUACCAAUAACACAGAUGGUUGAUUUGAUACGAGUUAAGAUCAUGGAGUUAAUUUAUACGAGGCGAGCAGAUUCUGACCAAUGGCUGACAAGACUAACUUCAUCUAUGGAAGAGAAGCUUGACAAGGAGACAUUGAAAGUUCGUUCUCUUCAGGUUCUGCUGUCCGCUGAUAGCACAUUUGAGGUUCGUGGUGACAACAUGGAUGUGGUUAAUAUUGAUCACUGGGAUUGUAGUUGCAAAGGGUGGCAACUUACUGGAUUACCAUGCUGUCAUGCUAUUGCCGUUUUCUAUUGUAUUGGCCGGUGCCCGUAUGAUUAUUGUUCUAGGUACUUUACCACUGAAAGCUAUAGAGAAACAUAUUCACAGUCGGUUCAUCCAAUUCCUAGUGUUGACAGGCCUGUGUGGAAAGAUUUAUCUCAGGCUACAGUAAUUGUAACACCUCCUCUUCGUCGUCCACCUGGAAGACCUACGACAAAGAGAUUUGGAGCACAAGAGAUAGUUAAACGCCAGCUCCAUUGCGGUAGAUGCAAGGGUAUUGGGCACAACAAGUCCACUUGUAAAGAGAUUUUGUAGCGUUAGAUGCUGGAGGACAUCAGAAAGGACAAGGGAGUAUCAGAAUCUGUUUGACAAACUGCUGCUGCUGCUGCUUUGAUGAAGGGCAUGCCUUGGGGGGGAGAGACGCCAACUCCUUUGUGCUAUUAUGAAGUAACACCUAUGAUUUAGGAUUUUACGGUAGAUUGUGUAGUUUAACACUGUAUGCGCCUAUAUUUUGUUUAGCGGUAUAUCUGAGUUCAGAAUCGGUUGGCUUGUUGCUAGUUUGAGUGAAGAAUAAUACAGUAUUUAGAAAGAACCUCCUUUUGGCUGAUGCUCAAGGUCAAGGCUCCCUACUCUCUGGCCCUGGGGAUGUUGCUUGAAAGUUAAUUGCUUCACCUAUUGAAAGAUUACCUCAAAAAA